UGUGCAGCAACAUCCGAUAUACCUACCUAUGGAUACGCCCGUCGCCACCACUUGCCGUCUAGGCUGCUAGUCGGGCUGCUAGCUAAAGCCGUGGCAGAUUCAACAGGCCACGCUGCUUCAUAUCCACCUAUUUCCCUGCUCUUCUCGGUCAAGCUGACGCUGUGCCGUUUGUAUGGCACACAACCUCAGUGUGCUGAACACGGCGAGUCAACCGAGAGAAUGCUUCCCUCGGCCCAGCUCCGUGCGCUUCUAGCCAUGCCGGCCUCCCUCCGGACGUGCUUAGCGAGCGCGCAUUUGCGCGAGAUACCGAGCCGGAUUUGCUUCUUCUCGACAAGCCCCAGGCGCUAUAUAAAGCCCCCCAACAUCGCCGGCUUCCUGGUCCCCGAGUCCGAAGCGUCCUUUCCCGUCGAGAUCAGCCCCGACGAACUCUUCAAGACGUCUUACGUAACUUCCGCUCCGGGGAAACCUCUGCCGGAGGAAUUGACCACACUCUUCAUGAGAAAUGAACCCAAGUUUCUGUAUGCGCAGGGCGACUUCUACAAGCUUAAGAAGAACACGCGCAUCCCCGAAAUAUGCGUGCUGGGUCGGUCGAACGUUGGAAAAUCUACCUUUAUCAACGCCCUCGCCGGUAGGAGUAAAAGCGCGCUGGCCUUCAUAAGCAAUACGGCCGGGAGGACUCGGUCAAUGAACGCGUACGGCUUCGGGCCAGCGCCGACUAUGAAGGAAAUUGCCGCCGAAUCCUACCUGUACAAGGGAAAGGAGGAUAUCCCCACCCAUUCGUGCUACGUGAUAGACUUGCCUGGAUAUGGAUUCGCAUCAUCACAGGACUGGGGACGCAACAUCACCCUAUUUCUGACUAAGAGGGUCGGCCUCAAGGCGAUUGUGUUGAUUGACGCCGCGGUCGGGCCGAAGGAUACCGAUUUCCAAAUAUUGGAGUUCCUGUGCUCCGUCGGAGUGCGGACGGCCAUAGUUUUGUCCAAGGCGGACAAGGCUAAAGGCGGCAUCGAAGAUUUGCGCGCGACUUGCUCCAUAUUGUGGCAGGGCAUCCGCGCGGCUGAAAACAAACUGCCUAGCAGCGGCUGGAGUUGGGAGAGGGAGAUAUUCGUGACCGCUCUUGGUGCAAGGGACAGUGAUAUCGUGAGCACUGGAACAGCUGUUGUGCGAUUGGUCGUCGCUCGCCUGGCUGGCUUGGUGACCGACAACCGGCCGAAAGCGGAGACGAAUCGGGGUUGGUCGGGUAAGGUUGUUUCUUUUGAAGACCUUCAGUACAUCUCGAGUCCGGGUAAGGCCUCGACCCCGAAAGAUACGACACCAACGCUCGCUUCCCCCCAAGUUGGAGCGGUCGUCACAAGCGACACGAGCCCUAAGGACUCCGUUGCCGCUCUAGAACGCGCCUCGGCCGAGACAAGUCCUAGAACCGUGCAUAUGAUUACUCCACGGGCCUGGAGCGAUUUGAAGAGACGGAGCAGCACGGGUUUUUUCCACUCGAAAGCAUUUCACAGCAGCGCGAUAUCGCUCGACGAGGUGUCGACGAAGGUAGCGCCGGAGCCGGAGCCGGAGCCGGAGCCGGCGCCGGAGCCGAACCCCGACUCGGUGCGGCUGCGCGAGGCCUUCGACGAGUUCAUCAAGGGGCUGAACCGCUCACAGACGGCGCAGACCUUCCUCGAGGAGAGGCGGCGCCUGCGCGACCGGCAGCCGCCUCGGCCGCUAUGGCAGCGCAACAUUCUCCAGCGGGCGCAGCGGCGCGAAGCUCAGCUCCUCGAGCGGCAGUUCCCGGAGCAGACGAAGCAGAUCGAGGCGGUGCUGCGGGAGCGGGCGCGCAUCACGGAGCAGGAGGCGCAGCAGCGCGGUCGGCGCGGCAGCGCGGCGGCCCGGGCCGGCGGGGGCGCACGGCCGCAGGCGGGGCCGCGGGAGCAGCAACAGCCGCAGCGGGCGCGCGAGCCCGACGCCGGCGGCGACGACGAGCCCGUGACGGCCGACAUGCUCGCCGACAUCAUGCGCACCCCGACGCCCGCGCGGCGGCUGUCCAAGAAGGAGCGCAAGAAGGAGAAGAAGAAGAGCCAGAAGGAGAAGCAGGACGCGGCCAAGGCGCGCACCGACGAGAUGGACGAGUUCGAGGCCAAGUUCGCGCGCGCGAUUCGGAAAUAGAAGGGGUAGGGGGAGAGGUGACGAGCCGCGAGGCGUCCGGUCGUGCACACGAGAUAUGUAUCGUGUGCACACCUAUGUACGUGCCGUAGGACCCUGUGCCGCGCAAGACGUUCUACUCUACCUGUAUAUCUAGGGAUAUAUGUAUAUAUCGGGGACGCUACGCGGGAAAGGACUAGAGAAACGACUCCUAGACAUUGUAGAAAAAGCAAAGCAAUUUGAAUUCUAAUCAUCGUA